AUGUCGAAGGUGAAACCGAAGAAAAAGAAGCAACUCUCCUCCGAAGCAGGAAAAGACAGUAGAGUUAAAAAGAAAAAGAAAUUCUGGAUACGAAUGAAGAAAGCCAAGGAGGAAAAAAAGGCCACAAGUCAACUGUCAGUACCUCCAAAAGAUUCCGAACAGUUUUCCUGCAAUUGGAAAGCAUUGCAAGAGUCCAAUAAGACGUCAACAAAUGAGCCAAAGACAGCCCAGCAACAACCUAAUGGCCCUGCACAAGAAAAGAAAGACAAACAAUCCACAAAUGUGGAUCAAAACAACACCUCCAGUAAGACUGAUUUGGGAUUAAAAGCCAAACACAAAAGUGUUGCCAAAAGUCCAGUUGUGGAGGACACAAAACAGCCAGCUCCAUUUAAAAGGAAAAAGACAUUUAAAGCAAAUGGUGAGCAAGCAGCCAAGAAGCAGAAGUCUGAAAAAAAGGAUUCCAAACCUACAGAAGAGGAUAUUUGGUUCGAUGACGUGGACCCUGAUGACAUCGAGGCGACUGUGGGGGCAGAGGCUGCAGACAUCAUGAGAAAGAAGCAAGGCAUUCAAAAGAAGGACGCAGAGAGUGCGCUGGUCAAGGAGCAUGCCUUUGAGGGCCUUACCAGAGCCGUCGCCAUGGACUGCGAGAUGGUCGGCGUUGGUCCUGAUGGCGAGGACAGUAUCUUGGCGCGCGUGUCGCUUGUCAACCAGUUCGGGAAAUGCGUGUAUGACAAAUAUGUCAAGCCUAGCGAGAAGGUGACGGACUACAGAACGGCUGUCAGUGGCAUCCGUGAGCACAACAUCAGAGAUGGAGAGAACGUCUCAACUGUGCGGAAGGAAGUUGCCGAGAUUCUGCAGGGUAGAAUAGUGGUUGGCCAUGCGCUACACAAUGACUUCAAGAUCUUGCUCCUGGAUCACCCAAAAAAGAACAUCCGAGACACUCAGAAGUAUAAACCCUUCAGGAAGACUGUCAAGACAAACAAUCCCUCGCUGAAAUUACUUUGUAAAGAAAUACUUAAUGUCACAGUCCAGCAGGGUGAACAUUCCUCUGUCCAGGAUGCGCAGGCCACAAUGAGGCUGUACACGCUGGUGAAGAAACAAUGGGAGGCCCAAAUCAAGAAUGGCACGGACGAGAAACAAGAAAAGCGAAAGCGCAGAUCUCCCAAGAACGCCAGCAAGCCUCGUGUUGCAGGUUUGGCAUCAUUUUAA